AUGUCUACCAAUGGUGUCGAGAUUAAUGGGUACGUUUUGUUCUCCCUCCGGCCAACCGUCUUUGCUACUAACCGGCACAGAUUUGGGGGAUUUCUCACCGAGUUGGCCGCUCCGUCAAUUCAUAGGAUUUCUGCUGCGUCCGGUGCGAGGAGCACUUCCGUCUUGCCAUUGGAGUCCCAGGAUUCCAUGAGCGUCCCAAACGACGUGUUCGCUGCCGCCGGUUGUGCUCGGCCGCAUGUGGAUGCAGUGGUGGGCGAGGUGUGCUCUGAAGCCACCAGCGGCUGGACGCGCAGCUGUAUUGGAUUACGUGGUUGGGAGCAUUGUGGAUCUCAGCUUAUUAGUCUAGACGAUGCUGGGAGCUGGGUCAGGGUGGGUAAAGCUCCCGAGGAGAGGGAGAUGAAUCCAAACAGGAUUUCAGCUCUGGAAUUGUCUGUCCGUGCUUAUACAGAGAAGAGGGAUGGACCUGUUGUGUACCCAAGCAUUGGUACAAGCUUUGACUCCUUGGACGAAGCUUAUGAAUUCUAUAAUCUGUAUUCGUGGGAGUGCGGAUUUGGUGUUAGACUUGCCAAGAGCAGAUUGAAUGUUGAAAGGAAGAGAUGCAUGCAAGAGAUUGUGUGUGCUUGUGCGGGGAAACCAUUGAGGGAAAACAGCCGCUCGGCCAGAUGCGGAUGCAAUGCUAUAAUCAGGUUGCUGCGGUCAAAUGACAAGGGGUGGUACAUAGCAGAACACAAAGAUGACCAUAACCACCCGUUGUCGUUGACGUGUGGACAGAAAUGUAGGGGAACGUAG